AGGUUUUUUUUUUUUUUUAUCAAAUGGACAGAAGAAGGUUAAAAGCUGGUUUGGUCUGUGUGACUCUAGUCUUACCUUUUGACUGAGUUUGUAAUAUGGCCUUUGGACUGUUCACACACACAGACUCCUUCCUUCAUGGUAAUACUUUACUCUUACAGUUGCAUAUUAAAAUCUUAAUUCGUUAGAAAUUUCAAAGAGACUAGUGGAUGUAAUAAUGAAAUAGUCUUUUUGACCCAAAGAAAAAAAAAAAAAGAAAAACGAAAUAGUCCAUUGACUUUCUCUUAGUCGUCUCUGCAACUUCUAUAUGUACCGUCUUUAGAGAUGAACCAGCCUUUUGCAUUUCAAUCUUGGUAAUUUUCAACAUGGAGACGACGAGAUCUAUUGAAAUAAAUGUCACGUCAGCAAAAGGGCUUGAGAAAGUCUCUAAGAUGGAUGUUUUCGUGGCUGUCAAGUUAUCCGGCGAUCCCAAAUGCUCCGACCACCGUGAGCAGCGGACACAAGUGGCUAGAGACAGUGGAACAAGCCCCAGGUGGGUCGACGGCGUAAUGAAAUUCACCAUCGACCAAACUUUAGCUGAGGCCAACCGGCUUGUGCUAACAUUCAAGAUCAAAUGCGAGCAACGUGGAGGAGGAGGUGAUAAAGACAUUGGCGAGGUUCACGUUCCGGUGAAAGAGCUUUUGGAUCAUCUCGGAAACGAUAAGGCCGGUCAAAGAUACGUCACGUAUAAGAUCAAGAAGGCUAACGGAAAACAAGGAGGCGAUAUCAGUUUCACUUAUUCCUUCACCGGUCCGGUGACUGCUACGAGCGGUGUGGGAUGCUCACGGUACAUAGCUCAUGAGCCGGUGCGUCCCCCUGCAGCUACGUACCGGCCAGUUUCGAAUGGACCCGUGUUGAGUCAGUUGCUUCCAAGCGUUGGAUCGUUUAGCUAUGGUCACGUUCCUUCUCAUCAGCCACCGGUUUAUCCACCACAGGCUCAGCCGGAGAUUCCGCCUCCGGCAUGUUUCCCCGGCUUGUAUCCACCUCAUGGCUAUCCGAUGAGUUACACACCGGAAAGGCCACCGACAUUGUAUACAUCUAUAUUUCCUGGCUUACCAUGUCCACCUGAAGGCUAUCCUACACAACCGGCACUAUAUCCACCCAUGAAUCCUUACAGAUUUUAACGGGUCGCCUCGUCGGUGCAAAGUCGUUGAUAAGGAGAGUUGUAGACAUUUACUUCUUUUUUUUUUUUUCUAUUCACUUUCUAUUUAUUUGUUCAAACUUGAAACAGAAAAAAAAAGAUUGUUUGCUUGUUGUUGAUUUUAUUACUCAUCGAAAAUCUUGAAUAUAUUGGUCAUAUUAAAUUAAAAUGUAAAGAAACUUACCUUCAAAUCAAUAUGAAAACCAUUUUAAAA